GGAGAUUGGAAUCGGGUUUUGUACAAAAGCGGCUAGCCUAAAUGAAAUGGCAGGCUGUGAAGAUAGCUCGUGGGGUUAUCAUGGCGAUGAUGGAAGAAUAUUUUUUAACUCAAGAGGUGGCAAACCAUAUGGACCAAAAUUUAUGACCGGUGAUACUAUCGGAUGUUGUUUAAACUUUAGAAAUUAUACGGUAUUUUAUACAAGAAACGGAGUGAAUCUAGGAAUCAUAUUCCGCAAUUUGAAAAAUGCUUUGUAUCCUUGUGUUGGAAUUUGGUCGCCAGGUGGAACUGUAGGAGCAAACUUUGGCUAUAAAAAGUUCAAAUACACAG